AUGAAAAGAAAAAAUCAAACCUUCAUCUCAGAGUUUGUCCUCCUUGGCAUGCCUAUAGAACCAGACCAGAAAAAUUUGUUCUAUGUCCUGUUCCUGGCUAUGUACCUAACGACCGUCCUGGGAAACCUGCUCAUCAUUGUCCUCAUUCGCCUUGACCCUCAUCUCCACACACCCAUGUAUAUGUUUCUCAGCAACUUAUCUUUCUCGGACCUCUGUUUUUCCUCUGUCACAAUGCCCAAAUUACUGCAGAACAUGCAGAGCCAAGUCCCGUCCAUCCCCUAUGCCGGGUGCCUGACUCAAAUGUACUUCUUCCUGUUUUUUGCAGACCUAGAGAGCUUUCUCCUGGUAGCCAUGGCCUAUGACCGCUAUGUGGCCAUCUGCUUCCCUUUACACUACAACACCAUCAUGAGCCCUCAGCUCUGCCUGUCCCUGGUGGUGCUGUCCUGGGUUCUGACCACAUUCCAUGCCAUGUUGCACACUCUGCUCAUGGCCAGACUGCGUUUCUGUGCAGACAAUGUGAUCCCCCACUUUUUCUGUGACAUGUCUGCUCUGCUGAAGCUGUCAUGUUCUGACACUCAAGUUAAUGAGUUGGUUAUCUUUAUCAUGGGAGGACUCAUUCUUGUUAUCCCAUUUCUCCUGAUCAUCAUGUCCUAUGCCCGAAUCGUCUCCUCUAUUCUCAAGGUCCCUUCAGCCAGGGGUAUUCGCAAAGCCUUCUCCACCUGUGGCUCCCACCUCACUGUGGUGUCACUGUUCUAUGGGACAGUUAUUGGUCUGUACUUAAUUCCAUCAUCUAACAACUCUACUGUCAAGGAGACUGUCAUGGCUAUGAUGUACACCGUGGUGACCCCCAUGUUGAAUCCAUUCAUCUACAGCCUGAGAAACAAAGACAUGAAAGGAGCAUUGGGGAGAGUCUUUAGCAAAAGGAAAAUCCCCUUUCAUUGA